ACUUUGACAAGUUGUUGACAAGCACCAACUGCGAAACACGAAUACGAGAUAAAUAAAUGUAAAAUUCUUGAAUCAUUUAUAGAAAAUAAGAGUGUUAAGAGUAGUUAAAUACGAUAACUUACAAAAUUAAGAAGAUAAAGGAAACAUACUGUGUAAAUAUAAUAAAUAUACAGUGAAAAAAUUCUUGACAUAAUCAUCCGCAAAACAUAAAGGUAUAAGUAAUAUUGAGAAAACAUAACAUUAUUGUGUUUAAUUGAGAAAUAAGAGUUUAAAACGUUAUCCAUGUUUUGGGAUCAUGUAUAUCGUAAUAAACACAUCAUGCAGGAGUUUGAAGACUUAGAAGUACAUAAAACGAGUGUUCCUGUGUUUUUGGCGCUUUUCUAUCUCGAAAUGCUGUAUAUUUUAAUCAUGACAUUGUCUAUUUUAUGUCAACUGAAUAGAAACUCGUCUUUAUAAUUUUUUUUUAACAAUACAAGCCAGUGACGUAAGUAACACAUUAAGUUCAUUUAGGCUUUAAAAUGACUGAUAUAAAGAAACCUGUGAAAGAACGACUAUAUCUUGAUAGAGGACAGAGAGAGGUGUAUGUAGACACUUGUGAUCUCGCUCAGCACCAGAUUGAAGGCAUUAGAUCUUUGUACCGGCAAUAUAUAAAGAAAAAGCCUGGUGUUAUACUAAACAAUCCGGAUGGUUACGGAAAAUCAAUACAACUUUCUUUUUUCUUGGAUGCAAUUCGAGAAUUACUUACGAAUCCAGUGUUAAUAUUGUGUGAAGAUGAAAAUAAAGUAAACAAUUGGAAACAAACUCUUAUAAAAUGGACGAAAUAUACUGAAGAUGAUAUAGUGGUUGACUCUAGCAAUGUGUAUGUUAAAAAAACAAUAUUUCUUAAAAAAGGCACACACUUGGAAGCACCUUAUUCCCGCAGAGAUUGGGGAGUUGUGGUAGUAAAGAGUGACUUUGUACUUAAGCAACUUAUGAAGACACCUAUAAAGGCCACUUUUAAAAUCUGGUUGACUACUAUUGACAUGAGGAAAGAUGUGGAAAUGUUCAAUUCAAUCUAUUGCUGGUUGUAUUCUGAGAAAAAGUUUGACAUAAACAAAUAUAUUGAUUCAAUAUCGGAUGUGGAAGGUCUGCCGCUGGCUCGGGCAAAACUUUUGAAUUCAUUUCUAGAAGACAUUGUUAUUAUAAAGGAUGAUUUUACACCUUCAAAGAAACCAGAGUUAAUACAAGAGAAAAUAUCACCUAAAAUAAAAGUUUCGAGAAAAAAUAAAGACGCUACUGGCACAAAAAUAAAACGUUCUAAAAAGACAAUAGAAUCAGAUUCUGCCACUGACGGAAAUAAUUAUCUUGAUAAUUUUAAUACUUCUAAUGGUCUUGAUACUUUUCAAACAAAUCAAACACAUUUUGAACCUAAUAUUGACUCAAAUAAAGUCACAAAUUCUAAACAAAAUUGCAAAAUAAAUGAUAAUAUGUAUGAAACAAGUAAAUUUGGUGGCGAUGGAUUAGAUGUUGAAAAUUUUAUAAAACAAAAAGAACCAGUUCAAUGUGAGGAAUAUGAUUUUCUAAACGAAAGUAAUUCAACGGAUACAGAAAAUUUGAGCUUUACUAACGCAUUGAAUGAUGUUGUAGAGAAUGAGAAUGAUUUACAUUCUGAAAGCAUUCUUGAUGAACAAUCUAUAAAUGUCAAAAAUGAAAACAUAGAUGAAAUAAAAAAUGAUUCUUUACCUACAUCAGUAUCGUCAAAGAUUAAAGGCACAGAUACAGAUAAAAUGUGUACAGAUCUAAAAACAGCAGAUGUUUUGAAGAAAAAUAAUAAAAAAGAUAUCAUUCAAGCCAUCGCAGAAAUGGAAGAGCAGGCUAUGAAGAAGUUUAAAAAUACAGUUCUAGAUGAUUUAUUCUAGAAAUAUGGAUAAAGUGCCCGGCGGGAAAAGACGUUGUGUGGUUUUCUUAUAAUUAUAAAUAUUAAUCCAUGUUAAAAUAAGUGCUGCUUGACAAACAUUCCUCUUUAGAGGACCAUCAAAGUCUUCGAUUAAUUUUAAAAGUUAAUUAUUUAAAUUAUUUCUUCAUUUAAGAUCAUGCACAUUUCGCGACAAUUCAUUUGACAUUUCGUUCAUUCAUCACACAUUAUUGACAUUUCAAUCAUAUAGUCAAACAAAGAUAUCUGGCCCGUUGAGAGGGGCGCUGCUAUCGCGGUUAAAUCUGUCAGAAAAUAUGUGGAACCUACAUAGAAAUGGCAUAAAAGAAAAAACAUGAUAGCCAUAUUAAGAAAAGGUUUUCGUUACCAUUUUUAAAAAGACAGAGGGGCGCUAGUGUGCUGUCAUAAUUUAGUUGGAAUUAUACGAUCCGUGUCAGAUAUCCUUGUCGGUCUAUUAAAAUAUAGUUCGUUCUUUAUAGGUUUUAUAAUUAUCGUUCGGAAAUAUAGCUGGCGUGAAAUGAAAAGAUUCGUGUAUAUUUGGCAGUUAAUGUGUUUAUGGGGAGAAAAACUGCAUUUUGCUCUCUAGAUGUCGGCACGAUCAAGAGUAAUUGUAGCCCUAAUAUACAAAAAAGUACUUUGUGAACUGUAGUCAUAGCGAAUUCCCUCAAAUUAUUAUUAACAAGAUUAACUUAUCUUAAUUAACUUCACCCUUAACUUAGGGUAGGCUCCGAGCCCCUCGGUGGGGACGUAUAGUGAGCUGAUGAUGAUUUUCUUUUAAAUAUCUAGAAUGACGUAUAAAUAUUUUGACAGAUGACAGCUCACUCUUGACACUAGCGCAACCUACUUACAGCUUUCAGUUUUUCUCCUCAUUAUCUUUGUCACUUAGGAAACUUAAUAUUGUUAGAUAUUGGAUUAAGAAUUAAAUGUUUCGUGUUCGUGGUUUUGUACUAGAGUAUAGUAAUUUUUUGUUAUGGACAAAAAUAUUUUUUUUUAUUUCCGAAACAUCUAU